AUGCCGCUCAAAGUCGCUGUCGUCGGUGCCGGACCUGCGGGUCUGGCGACGGCUAGAUAUCUCAAGUGGGCGCAUCUGUACUUUGCGAUUGAGCCUAUCGAGAUUCGGGUCUUCGAGGCAGAGGAGACUAUUGGAGGCACGUUCAAAUACCGAGUCUACGAGGACGCAGAGCUCGUAUCGUCCAAAUAUCUGACUGCCUUUUCCGAUCAUCGCCUACCCCGAGAUGCCCCUGAUUACGUCACCCCAGAGAUUUAUGUGCAGUACCUCAACGAGUAUUGUGAUCGCUUCGAGCUCCGGUCUCACAUCGAAUGCUCAUCAAAAGUCACCUGCAUUCGCCGAAUAGAAGGUGAAGGCCACAUCAUCAGCGUUAGUCGAUCUGAUGGCACCACCUUGGAAUACACUUGCGAUGCCGUCGCCGUCUGCUCCGGCCUAAACGUCGAACCAAGGAUUCCACCCCUUAAGGGCCUCGAAAAGAUUCCGAAGGUACUUCAUUCUUCAGAAUUCAAAUCACGAGACCAGCUUCGAGAUAUCAAGAGUGAGAAGCCAACAGUUGUUAUUGUCGGCACCGGGGAGACCGGACAGGACCUCGGCCAACUUGCUGCCACGACCGAGAGUGUGCAGCAUGUUGUCAUGUGCCACAGAGACGGCUUUGUAGUGGCACCCAAGACUGCGCCGUCUCCUGUAAUGUUUGGAUUCUGGGGUAAGGGGAAAGAUAUUAGGGAGAAGCCCGUUGACUGCUCAAUUGCCAGUCUGUUCGACACUGCAUAUGUACCCCCGAAGCUGCAGUCAAGCCAGCUUCUUUGGAAUUUCUAUAAUCAACAGAUCGAUGUAACCUUCUCGCUUAUCGGCGGAGCUGCUGUUGGUUGGGACCAACUGGUCGGCGGCAUGCCCCGGGAGAGGAUGCACAUCGAUCACUUUCCCUAUAUUUCCGCACCCUGGCGCCGCCCGUUGACGAUCAUGGAGCGAAUUCGCCGAUUCUUCUUCUAUAUCAAAGAGUACGACGUCGACACAAAGGGAAGAUACAUUGAUGUGGCACCUUGGCCCGAGUACAUUGACGACGAUGGCAUUAUGCACUUUCGUGACACUGGAAGACCAGAAUCCGAAAAGAUGAAGCAGAUGGUUGUGAAGCCGGAUGUGGUUCUGUUCGCCACAGGGUACACUCGCCGCUUCCCGUUUUUGGAUGAGAGUUAUGGUACACCCGACACGGCAGACGUGCGGGCUAUUUAUCAUAGUAAUGACGUUUCUGUGGGAUUCAUCGGCUUCGUGAGGCCAAAUCUGGGUAAUGCCUCCGAACAGGUCAUGGCUGAGAUGCAAACUCAGUUCUGGAUUCUCCGCCUCCUUCAGUCAAAGUACCCUACCGUCCCAGGCCUUACGACUUCGCCAAGAUCCCAUCCCCUCGAUCCAAAUGCCCUUCCCGGAUACGACAUAGAUUGGAAGCUACAUUCUCGCUGCGGCCGUGAUCCCUGGGCUGAGAAGCGCGGCGUUGAUCACGAGAGCUACGUAUACCAGCUAGCUCUUGACAUAGGCUCUGCCCCGCGCUUUAGCUACGUCAUUUCCAAGGGUUUCAAGGCAGUAUACACAUGGGCGAUGGGCAGCAACUUCAACGCUAAAUUCCGCUUGGUGGGCCCAUGGAAGAAUGAGGAAGAGUCGCUGCGUAUCAUGCGCGGCGAGCUGUUUGACAUUGUCAAACAGUCUGGUGGUCUGCUGUACAUGUUUGCUAAUACUGUGAUACCCUUGUUUAUGUUUGGAACGAUGAGCAUGGCCAUCCAUACGUGGGAGUGGGCCAGAGAUGUGUUUUGCCUGCGGAAACGGAGAGAGGGCCACAUCCGCCUUCCAGAGUGUUGA